AUGGCGAAGGACGAGAUUAAGGAUAAGAAAAGAAAGAUACAAGAUGAUGAGGUUGUAGAUGCUAAAAAGAGGAAGGAGGAUAAGCCGGUCAAGGUGAAGAAGGACAAAAAAGAGAAGAAGGAUAAGAAAGAGAAGAAGGACAAGAAAGAGAAGAAGGACAAGAAGGACAAGAAGGACAAGAAGGAUAAGAAGGAUAAGAAGGAGAAGGUUGAAAAGAAGGAGAGCUCAUCGAAGAAAGAGAGGAAAGACAAGGAAGAGAAGGUAGAAAAGACUGAGGAUCAAGUGAAGCACCAGCCAAAAAAGGCCUCCAAAGCUCAGUCUAACUCGACAUACAUCGAGACUGAAGAACUAAGUAAUGUUCCUCAGUCUGAAAUAGAUCAGUUCUUCAAGGAUAACGAAGCUACCGUCGAUGACCCCGAAUCGUUGGGUUUAAGACCGCUAUUGUCGUUUUCAAACGUUAGGUUGCAUCAUAAGAUUCAGGAGGAAAUCUCUAAGUUUUCAAAACCAACUCCUAUACAGGCUAUAUCCUGGCCAUAUUUACUGUCUGGAAAGAAUGUCAUUGGUGUUGCCGAAACCGGAUCAGGGAAGACUUUUGCGUUUGGAGUGCCUGCUGUAAACAACAUUCUUACAUCCGGACGCAAAGAUAAUAACGUUCGAUGCUUGGUUAUUUCACCAACAAGAGAGUUGGCAUCUCAAAUUUAUGAUAACUUAGUUAAGCUUACUGACACGGUCUCUUUGCAAUGUUGUUGUAUUUAUGGUGGUGUACCUAAAGAUGAACAAAGAGCGCAGGUUAAGAGAUCCCAAAUUGUCGUCGCUACUCCGGGCAGGUUAUUGGAUCUUCUAGAAGAAGGCGCCAUCGACUUGUCCGCAGUGGAGUACUUGGUCCUCGAUGAGGCGGAUAGAAUGUUAGAAAAGGGUUUUGAAGAGGAUAUCAAAAAGAUUGUAAGUCACACACGUUCUAGCAACAGGCAGACAUUGAUGUUCACCGCUACUUGGCCAGAAGAAGUCCGUGAGCUGGCUGCAACGUUUAUGAAAGACCCGGUCAAAAUCUCUAUCGGUAAUAGAGAGGAGUUAACCGCAAACAAAAAAAUCACCCAAGUCGUCGAAGUUAUAGACCAAUUCAAAAAGGAUAGGAGGCUCCUAGAGCUCUUAAAAAAGUAUCAGUCUGGUUCUAAAAAAGACGACAAAGUCUUGAUAUUUGCCUUGUACAAGAAAGAAGCAACAAGAGUUGAAAGGAACCUCAAGUACAAUGGUUACCACGUUGCUGCAAUCCACGGUGAUUUAUCUCAACAGCAAAGAACUCAAGCGCUAAACGACUUUAAGACCGGGAAAUCAAAAAUUCUUCUUGCAACUGACGUUGCUGCUCGAGGUCUAGACAUCCCCAACGUCAAGGCGGUCAUCAACUUAACGUUCCCUCUAACUGUAGAAGACUAUGUUCACAGAAUUGGUCGUACAGGUAGAGCUGGUGCCACUGGUAUUGCGCAUACAUUAUUUACUGAUCAAGAAAAGCAUUUAGCCGGAGCCCUUGUAAACGUCUUGAACGGAGCAAACCAGCUUGUUCCAGAGGAAUUAAAAAAAUUCGGAACUCAUACAAAGAAGAAGGAACAUAGUGCAUACGGUGCUUUCUAUAAGUCGGUUGACUUAAGCAAGAAGCCUAAAAAGAUCACUUUUGAAUAA